AUGGAUGGUACAAGACCAGAUGCUGAGAGAAAGACCGAGUCCAAAUAUAAAAUUGGGAAAGUCAAACAGAUUCCUACUGUUCAAAAGGACUUUAAAAGUGGGUUAACGUAUAUAGAAUUGAAGGCUGGAGCUGAUGAGAAAGUUUACGGGUGUACAAAAUUUGCUGGACACUACAGGGAGGAAAAAAAGUUGGGUCAAGGAACCUUCGGUGAAGUUUACAAGGGUGUUCAUUUAGAAACGCAGCGCCAAGUUGCAAUGAAAAAAAUCAUCGUUAAUGUUGAAAAAGAUCUUUUCCCCAUCACAGCUCAGAGAGAGAUUACGAUACUCAGAAGAUUGGACCAUAAAAAUGUCAUUAAAUUGAUCGAAAUGGUUUAUGACUAUCCUCCUACGACAAAGCAUGGCUCUGGGACAAAUGUUGAGCAUCAACAAACAUCAGGUAAAACUCCUUUGACAAAAUCUUUCUAUAUGAUUCUUCCCUACAUGGUUUCAGAUCUUUCCGGAAUACUCCAUAACCCUAGAAUGAACCUUCAGUUGAGCGACAUUAAGAAUCUCAUGCUUCAACUGCUGGAGAGCAUUAACUACAUCCAUUGCCAGAAAUUUAUGCAUAGGGAUAUCAAGACUGCCAACAUCCUAGUAGAUCACAACGGCGUCUUGAAACUUGCAGAUUUCGGCCUGGCCAGGUUAUAUUAUGGGUCGCCACCAAAUUUAAAGUAUCCAGGUGGAGCGGGAGCGGGUGCCAAAUAUACCUCUGUAGUAGUAACAAGAUGGUAUAGGGCUCCAGAGCUGGUCCUGGGCGAUAAAUUUUAUACAACGGCAGUUGAUAUUUGGGGUGUUGGUUGUGUUUUCGCCGAGUGUUUCGAGAAAAAGCCAAUCCUUCAGGGAACGACGGAUAUUGAUCAGGGCCAUGUUAUCUUUAAACUGCUGGGGACCCCCUCUAAGGAAGACUGGCCAUCAGCUGAACUUCUACCAGGUGCAGAAUUAACUAAAAGCAAAUACCUCGGCAAUCUGAAGGAGAGAUUUGGCUCUUUUCUAGAUGAAACGGGUUUGGAUUUUCUACGAAACCUACUAGCACUGGAUCCAUACAAGCGUUUGACGGCAAUGUCAGCAGUUCAUCAUCCAUUCUUCAAACAAGAACCAUUGCCAUCUGCUAAGCUGAAUUUGCCAUGUGAGGAGAGCCAUGAGGCUGAUAUCAAACGAUAUAAAGAGGAAAUGCAGCAAGCAAUGUCACAGAAGGCUCCAACAGCUCCAAGAGGACAUGUAACUGAAUCAAAAAUUUCAUCUGCUGCCACUCAAAUGCCCAAAGCACCUGGUCACAAUAACUUUCCUAAAGGACCGGCACAAAAGGCGGCAGCUGCAACCAAUAGCUAUAGAAGUAAUACCAUGGCUCCUGCGCAACGUCAGGUCUCGAGGUAUAACGGAAAUAGUGGUAACAGUGGCUUUACCAGCAAAGCAUCAUACAGUAAUAAUUAUAGACAGUCAGAUCAGUAUCGAUUCCAUCCAGAUGACGCAGGCGCUCCUUCCUCGUUUGCAGCUCGUUUACCCAAAGGUCCUCAGUCUUCCAGGUUUCAACGUACCGACAAUAUACCUACAGGUCCUGCCGCGUAUAACAGUUACGGGCAAAAGGAUGCUGGUUACUAUGACAGAUCAAAACAGACUUUUAACGCCACUGAGACACCUCCAAGAAAUUAUGCAAGACAUGAACAAUUCCAUGACAGGUCAGUGGCAAUCCCUCGUCAACCCCGUAACGACACAAAACCAUCAAAUUAUGAAACACAGCCGCAGACACAGAUUCAAAAACAAGCAACAUCUCAAGUCCCGACACACAGAAAUUCUCGGCUCCCAACGGAACCUUACACACACACACGCACUCAAGAACAGGUACAGAAUGAACCUGGAAGUCAAGAAAUGAAACAGACUUCGAGCCAAAAUCAGCAAAACAUGCGAAAAAUCAAUGAGACCGAAAAGGACAAGGACGGAAGUGGAACCAGAGACUUGGCCGACCUUUAUUAA